AUGCACCACUUUAUAGGUGAAAAGCAGCAUCGGGAUUCCGUCUCAAGACACGGUCCUCUAUCCUCGCUCAUCUAUGGCACCGAGGAAGGCAAAUACUUCGACGAGAAUAUGGCACGCUCCUUCUCGCAUGUCCUGGCUGGCGGUAAAUACGUCCACUCCAUUGUCAUGCACGACGUGAAGCCCGAUAAAGUCGAUGAAUAUGUUAAUCUUGUGGGUGAGUGGUACCCCCGAAUGGCGGACACCGACGUGAACCGUGUCAAUUUGGUGGGCAGCUGGCGGACACAAGUGGGCAACAAUGAUACCUUUGUCCAUAUCUGGGAAUAUCAACGGUACGAAGGAUACAAUUCCUCCCUUCACAAUAUCUCAGAACAGCAGGGGUUCCGUGAGUUCGACCGCAAACUCAAGAGCCUGAUACAGAGCAAGAAGACAUUCCUGAUGCAAGAGUUAUCGUUUUGGCCCACGACCCCGCCUCGCCGUCUCGGUGGACCGUUUGAGCUUCGAUCAUACACUCUGCAUCAGGGCAAGCUCCUGGAAUGGGAAACAAAUUGGCGUCGCGGUAUUGCAGCACGUCGCGAGGUUAUGGAGGGCGUGGGUGCAUGGUUUGUGCAGAUUGGCGACUUAAACACGGUCCACCACCUCUGUCAGUUCGCCAAUCUGGAGGAACGCAAGAUCCGCCGCGAGGAGUCGUGGGGCGUUGAGGGCUGGGCUGAGACAGUGUACAAGACCGUUCCCCUCAUCCAGACCAUGCAAAGUCGGAUUCUUAUCCCGAUGCCGUGGAGCCCCGUCGGUUGA